AUGGCCUCGGCAAGCGGUUCAUCGGCACCAGCAGCAGCCAGCGGCUCUGCCCAAAACAUUGAUGUCGAUAUUGAAGAGGAUGUUCGUGCUGGUGGCGUUGCGGAAGGAAUGGACGAAGAUGCCACACCAGCAGGAGAAGGCGCACAGACACCUCAAAGCGUCAACACAACCGCCGAUGCAGAAGACGAUUCGGACUUGGCAGCAUCGUUCUACCAGAGCAACAGCUCAAAGAAGCGUCAGACUGCUUCCAAGCUAACAGAUGAUAGCGCGGCAGUUGUGGACGAUGACGAUGACCUGAUGGAACCAGAGUUGCCUGCGGGUAGGGAAGAACGGCUUCUGGACGAAAAGAUUCGGGCGCGCUACAUUCAGGAGGUCGGCGACAUCUUCUAA